AUCAAUAUCAUCGUGCUAUGCAUGCCACUCAGCAAAGUCCUGUAAUCAGUACUGCUGCAGACGGAGCCACUUACAAGGGCAUCUUGCUGCUAACUAAAGAGAAAAUGGUUUCAUCUGUGAUUAUGUAUAAGAUGUCAAAGACAGACACUGGAGCUAAAUCAAAUGAAAUUGGAUCGGCUUUGUCUAUUCAGUCUCAUAACACUCAGGCUAAUGAAUUUCACAUUAAACAAUCACUGAAUAAUAACAGGCCUGUAUGCACUUCCAGAUGUAAUACAUUCCAGUCACAUACAGGAGGCAUUCGAGUACCUUCUGAAGAAAAUUCAGUAGCUAAGCUUCAUCAAACAGAAAAGGCCCACUGCUCUAACAUAAAAAAGGAUUUCUCGUAUAUUACAGUUACAGCAAGAAGAAUCACUUCUCCUUCCAGUACACCACUAAAGCCAGAUGCUGCUCCUUUGGGCAGCAUGACUGACAACAGACAAAACUUUUUGAGAGCCAGUGUUUUUUCUGUUAAGAAUUUACAACAGACUCAGACCACCGAUGGUGAUGUAUUUGAUGGAAAACAGCAACUUAAGUUCAACAGCAGAAAUGCAUCCACCUUAAAAGUUUCUGGUACUACCAGGCCAGCGCUGAAUAGAGAGAUGCAUUAUAAUUUGGAAACACGUACUAAAGAUAGUAAAGGCCUCAUCACAAACAUUAUGCAGAAAAAUACAUUAAGCAAAACAUUUAUUUCAUGUAUUCACCAUAACAUCCCACAAGUAUUUUCCAGUAGUCUGUACUGUAUUGACAGAUCCUUGCCUUUUUCUCUCACUCAGCCUAGAGAUGUUGGAAAGGUCCACAGAUCAGAACUCACUGUUAAAAUAUGUCCAAACUCAGCCAGCUCAACAUUUAGAGGCAAACAUGAAAGAUGUAACACUGAAUCUCCAUAUGGACACACUAAACAAGGGUUUGGCACUAAAAUGACAUUCAAAAACAAUGUGAAAGUGAAAAAUUCUGUCAUUAAAAGUCAGAAACUGCUGCAUCAGCAGAUAAGAGUACAGAACUUGGAAAUAGGCCCUGUUCCUGACUGCAAAUUGGAUUUAAAUGGACAGCCUGAUGCAAUAUCUGUUACAAAAAAAAUUACCUAUGCUGGCAGUGAAAGGCAAAGAAUAUUUGGAUCUGAUCGUGCAUCUGAAAACAAACAGAACAAAUGUCACCUUUUUGUUUCUGAGCUGUAUGCUCAAAAAGGGGUAUCGAGAACAUCUGGCUCAUCUGCAAAAUCCUGUGGAGUAAUACCUGUUAGAAAACGAAAUCCUAGUCGAUGCUUUGUCUCUGAUGAAAGUACAAAUACUGGACUAGGCUACACAACAAUACUCAGUGGAAAACUGGACAAAAUUUGCCAUUCAGAGAAGUCUAUUCCAUUUAAGAAAAUUCCAAGCAAUCUACUCACUUUAAGGGAGGCACUUGAAUUAUAUCGGCCUGAUUUCAUUUAUCGUUCAAAAGAGCGUAUUGAAAAACUGAAACUCCAAAUAGAGCAAAGAAGAACACAUCAAAGAGAUGGUUUCUUGCAAUACAGACCACACUAUGGAUCACUACCAAAUAUCCCAUUAAACGGUUCGAGUACGAAGAAGCAGUGCACUGUUCCACGGCCUACAUGUGACAACUUGUACAAGCCAAGAGAAAGGAUGAUUUCAGGAAAGGAAAUGCAAAUGAGAUCCAAAAGGAUCUAUAACAAGUUACCUGAAGUAAAAAGAAGAAAAGAAGAAGAGAAGAAAAAGCUUGCAUCCCAAACUAAUCGACUACGGGCAGAAAUUUUUAAAAAAAAACUGCUGGAUCAAAUCCUACAGAGGAAUACCGACAGAGAGUAAUACACCAUCUAACAUGAUCAUUGGCAAUACGCAGAACAGUAACACCCAUAUAAAAAUCUCCCUGGGAGUGCCUUAAGGUGCUAGGAAAGUUAUGCUUUUUUAUUUUUCACGUGGAAAGAUUAAUCUCUAUCCUCAACUUUCAUGUGCAAGAAAGUGCAAUGAUUCCUGAUACACUUAAUAAGAGCUUUGUAGAUUCUUGAAUUAGAAUACAACCAUACAUUACAUAUAGUCAUGGAUAUUAAGCCAAAUAAGAGAGCUUCAGGACAGAGAUCAUACAUAGCAAGAAAUGCCAAAUAUAUUUUUAUUAGUGUUCUGAAAAGUAUGUAAAAACAUUACUUGUAUUACUUGUGUGCUGUACAUGAAAGACCUGGAUACUUCAUUUCUUUUAUUUUUUAUUUCUGACAUUUGGAGAACUAUGCAUGGGAACUUUUAUGUGGACAUUGACGUAUGCAUAUGUAUAGAAAAAGAUGGCCUCACAGAAACAGCAGGAGUCAAUUAUAUAUAAAGAAAGAACA